UCUCGCGUCGUCAGACAGAAGGCGGUGGCGCGCAUAGUUGGAGCACGCGUCUCUUUCUUUAACCGAAAAAGGAGAAACGAUUUGUGCUCGACUGAGCGCCGCAGCGACGGACGUUGCUCUGUAAAUUAUGUCAAAUACACAUAUGUGAAUACGCUGACGUUACAUUCACCGGCGGAAAGGUGUGCUGACAAUCUCGCGCAAAGGAAGAGCAAUGUUUUUUAACAGAUGAUGUGUCCAGGCGGAUUUGCAGGAUUUUACGACGCCGCUCAAACAAGAAAACCAAACGCUCGUCUAAGAAAAGGAGUAACGUUAAACACCGGCAACCUUACACGACAAAUUACGCGUUUUAUCCAACGAGAUGCUGACGAACUGUUGAGUCUUUGACAUAAAUUGGAGCAAGCGAGACCUUUCGACAAGCUGUUUCUGUUUCAGUAACGACAGAGGAUGCCGCACACCGGAUACACCUGACCCCCCCCCCCCCCCCCUUCACUGAAGGCCAUUUACCUGUCAUCAGCCAAAAGACACUCGAGGUAGGAAAUGGAGAUAAGGAAAGUACACAGCAAAAACUGAAUUAACCUACACAGUUAUAUUAACAAAACAAGCUCCCUCUGAUACUCCUGUGAACUCGAGGGAACUUGGAAGAUAAGAGCCACAGAAGAGAGAGUAAUUCUUGUUGCUGACAGCUGGCAACACUGGAAGGACGGCUGAGGAACUUCAUAAGAGGGUGAGAGGUUGAUCACAGAGUGAGAGAGACGGGGACUGACACAGAGCCAGAGUGCAGGAGGAGGAGGAGGCGGAGGAGCGGGAAAGGACAAUCGCCAUGGCGACGGACCCGGGAGAGCCCACUGCCACAGAGGAAUCCUCCGGAGAGAAACCUGAUGGAAAGAGGGAGGAGGAGAGUGACCAGGGGAACAGGGCUGCCCAUGAGAGAGAAAGGAUUCACAGCACUCCAUCUGACUUCCCCUCCUCACAGACCCAGGAAAGGAGAGCUUGGGGCGCAGGAGGAGGAGGUGGUGGAGUGGAGGAUGGUAAAGAAACAGAGGUGCCGGCCAAACCUCUGACCUUCUUCAUGCCCUCUUCCCCAGCUGCCCACGAACCAUGUCGGAAACGGGAGAACAAGCGUUUUUUCCGGAAGAGCGUGGAGAUAUGCGAACAGGACGAUGAGGUGGAAGAAACCAUCAGCGCCCCUCAUAGUGCCCCUCACCUCGAGUUUUGUGCCUCCGACUCUGUUUUUACCAGCGGAGCCCAGCAGUUACCCGCCAGUGCCUCGGCUGCCUUGAGUGAGGAUGGCACUCUUGGCACGCAGGAUCCUGAUAAGACCGGCCUUACGACGUCCGCUCUGAAGGGGAAGGAGAGAGAUAGAGAACAGGAAGAAGAGGCCGAGAUGAAGGCCGUCGCCACUUCACCCAGUGGCCGCUUUUUAAAAUUUGACAUCGAGCUUGGCAGGGGAGCAUUCAAAACUGUUUACAAAGGCCUGGACACAGAAACCUGGGUGGAAGUUGCCUGGUGUGAAUUGCAGGGUAUGAACCGUGUGAUCUCUUGACUGAGUUAGAGCAGACAAAUCCAUGGUUUAGGACAGCUUCUCACAAGCCUUCGGGACCCCAUAAGUCCAUGCCGCUGCUUGGAGAGAAACGUGAUACAGAACUAAGCCUUCCUUCUCCCAAGCUAGAGUCAUGAUGUGAGCCAUUUGACACAAUGUGGUUAUUGGCCUUUCCUAAAAACCUUGGAUAAGAGACAGUCUGGAACAGAAUGAGACGCUGUGGUUUGCUAAGAAACUCUAUGCCAGAUGAUGAAUGUUUGUUAAGAGACUGUAUGUGAGAUGAUGAUGCUGUAUUUCUUGGUUGCAAUGAGUACAAAUAUUUUGUGAUUUUUUUUUUUUUUUUUUUCUUCAGGUGCUCAUUGCCAUCCAAAGUUAAAUGUCGCGUUUUUCCAGUAGUACAUUGUUUUCAUGUUUACAGUUUCAGUGUGUUUCUCUUUGAGUCCAUUGUGCAGUUCAUUUCUUAUGUACUUUGUUCAAAUGCUAAGUGCUUGGUGUUCACUUUAGUUCCUCAUUAACAUAAUUCCAAGCAUUUUUGUAUACUGCAGGGUACUGUGAGGAACCAGUUUGCCUAUGACGUGUUUUAUGCUGAUUUAAAUUUGUGCAAGGAAGAAUUAUGCCAGCUACAAGUGUGUCAUUCACAUUUACUUAUUUAUUGCUGUUUAAUGCUAUAACUGUCAAUUUAAAACCUAUUUUUGUUAAUAUGGAAAAUCUUUUGCUUUCAUUAUUAAAAAAAACUA